AUGAGCAACUUUGGACAAAUCCUAAAGGAGAUUGGGGAGUUUGGUUUGUUUCAGAAAAGAUUAUUGGCUGCAUUAUGCAUCCCCAGCAUGUUUGCAGCUUUCGACGUGAUUGGUCAGGUGUUUACAGCCAUGAGCUUCCCUCAUCACUGCAACACUGACUGGAUCUUGGAGCGUGGGCCCAACUUGACAGGUGAAAGACAAAGAAAUCUCACCCUGCCAGUGAACGAGGAUGGAAAGUAUGAAAGCUGUGAGAUGUUCACGCCUGUGGAUUUGGAUUUGGAAGCAAUUGAAGCAUAUGGGAUUAACAGCACAACUGGAUGUACAGAUGGAUGGGACUAUGAGGCACCCAUAGGUACUUCCAGCAUUGUGACAGAGUUUGAUCUGGUUUGUGACAAGAGUGGUUUUAUUGAGACAUCACAGUCCCUCUCCAUGGCAGGCGUUCUGGUUGGAGCAAUGGUGUUUGGGGCAAUUUCUGACAGGUUUGGUCGGCGCUUUGCGAUCCUGCUUUCACUCCUUCUCCUUCUGGUGUUUGGUGUGGGUACUGCUUUCUCACCCAAUGUCUAUUUUUAUAUGGUUCUCAAAUUCUUUUGUGGGAGCUCAAGUGUUGUCAUUGUGAUGAACACAUCUGUGAUGGGGAUGGAGUGGACUGAUCCCUCUAAGACGGCUCUGUGCACAGAGGCCAUCAUAAUGUUCUUUUCUGUUGGACUGAUGCUGUUGUCUGGCAUUGCAUAUUUAAUCCACAACUGGAGGAUCCUGCAGCUCGUGCUUUUAUGCCCUCUUGUUCUUGUUUUGGGAUUCUUGUACUGGUUUCUACCUGAGUCAGCUCGCUGGCUCCUGGCCCAGGGCAGGAAGGAGGAGGCACUAAAGGAGCUUCGGAGGGCAGCCAGGGUGAAUGGGAGGAUGCUCCCUGAAGAUCAGCUAGAAAAAGUAGAGAUGGAGGGUACAUUCGAAAGAAGAAACAUGUUGGACAUCUUCCGAAUAUCGUAUUUGAGAAAACGUACCAUCAUAAUGGCCUAUAACUGGUUUGCAGCAAGUCUUCUGUACUAUGGAUUGAGCCUGAAUGUCGGUGGUUUUGGCCUGAAUGUCUACCUCACGCAGUUCAUCUUUGGUUUUGUCGAAAUUCCUGCAAACCUGAGCGCUUUGGGUCUAAUUCAGCACUUUGGAAGGCGAAUAUGUCAAGUGUGCUACCUGUUCUUUGGGGGUGCUGCUUGCCUCAUGGUGCUUGCUAUCCCAAAUGAUCUUCCAGUGGUGGUAACAACCAUAGCUGUACUGGGGAAAUUUGCUGCGACUGCCUCUUUCAGCACAGCCUACGUUUACACUGCAGAAUUAUACCCAACCAUUUUAAGGCACAAUGGGGUAGGUUUUAACUCCAUGUGUGCUCGUGCGGCGGGCAUCCUCGCUCCACUGAUCAGGCUCCUGCAGGUCUACCAUUACACCAUCCCCAUGCUGAUAUAUGGCAUCAUCCCCAUUGCUGCUGCGGGUUUCUGUUUGUUGCUGCCUGAAACCCUCAAUGUUGAACUUCAAGACCACACUGAGCUGAAGAAACCGGUGACUGAAUCUAUGGGGGACAGUGCUGAACAAAUUAAUGAAGAACUGUAACUUGUACUGAAAUCAUAAUAAGUCCAUAGUUUUGCUUAUUUAUUAUCAAGUAAGAAAGCUGUAAACUGUUUUAGUUAAUAAUACUGGUCAGUAAUUAUUAUUUAGGUAGCAUUUUUAUACCUGAAAGUUUAUUAGAAAUGGAUUUAUUCACACAAAUUGUUUAUUAAGUCAAGUAAAUGUGUGUUCCACUCCCAACAUAUAACAUAUUUACAUACAUCUAUAUCAGAGAUACACAUGGCAGCUAAGGUAAAAGCAAAGUUUACUUGAUCCAAACAGGGUUUGACAUCUGGCAGACAGUGAGCGGUUCAAAAGGGCAUAACUUCCUGUUUAUUGCAGUCUGUUUGAAGUUGUGUGUUGUACAUAUGAUUUGUAUUCAUUGUUUAAUUUCUCUUGUCCCUCUGAACUAUGAAGCUCUUUGUAUAAAAUCAUUAAUAAAGAUUAAAGUCAUCAACUAAAGUUGAACUUGAACUGUAAGCUUAA